CUUGUCUGGGCCCGGUUGUUCAACUUGUCGUUAACUUAACGUAAGCGUUAAGUUUAACGUGUCGUUAAAUACUCUAACGUAUCGUUACUUAACCCAUGGUUAAAAUGGUGUUGUUCAACUUGGUUUAACGCCGUCGUUAGUUAACGAUGACGUUAAAUAAUUUAACCACUCGUUAAAUAUUUAACUAAAGUUUAGAGAUUAUUCUCUUUACCCACAAUGCAUUGGUUUGUUAAUAUUUACUUCAACAUGGCUGACAAGUCUUCUGCUAAAACACAAAGGGACAGAAAACCUAACUUUUCCCAAGAAGAAGUAAAUGUAAUUCAAGACCAAGUGCAAAAGAAUUACAAAGUUAUUCAUGAAAAGUUUGGGGAUGGUAUAACCAAUUCCAGAAAGACUGCUGUCUGGAGCAGGAUUUCCAUCUUGGUCAGUGCUUUGGGUGUUGCCAACAGGUCUCCCAAAGACUGCAAAGACAAGUGGGCUAACACCAAGAAGGAGGCUAAGAAGGUUUUUAACAACCGUAACAAAGAGCAGAGGGCUACUGGUGGUGGUCCACAGCCCAAAAAACUGAGUCUGGCCAUUGAAAGAACAAUAGACCUUUGUAAAGACUCAGCUUCUUUCAAAGGUCUUGAAGGAGUUGAAAGUGUACUUGAUGACAACUCAGCAGCAUUGCCAGAGGAGAGUGCAAGUAAUUCCCAGGACCUGUUUGAUACCCCUCCAAGCCAACCACUUUCCCAAUCUGGAUCUGAAUCCAUUCUUCAGCCAGUACCACUACUACCGCUUCUACCGGCUGUAAAUAUUCAGGUGCCACGCCCAGCAGCUGCAGUAGUUGAGCUGGGGACUCUAACAGCAAAGAAAGCAGAAAAUCCAAAGAAGAGGAAAGCAACUGCUGAUGAUGUUUAUGGGCUUCAGGUACUGUAUUUGAAGGGUGAAAUGGCAAAACAGACAAAAGAAAUGAGGAAACUAGACCUCCAAAUAGAGUUGCUGGAAUUAAUGAAACAAGACAAGGAGAAUACACCAUUAACAUUUUGUCAACUUUUAAUGAAUUAA